AGAGAGAGAGACAGGAGAUGGUGUGGUUUCAGUGCGAGGACUGUGGAGACAACCUGAAGAAGCCGAAGCUGCCCGCUCACUUCAGGAUUUGCUCUGCAACCAAGUUGUCCUGCAUUGAUUGCGGACAAGUAUUUGGGCAGCAAAGCGUUGAAGGGCACACUCAGUGCAUCACAGAAGCGGAAAAGUAUGGUCCAAAAGGCCAAGGAAAAGGUUCUAACGGAGCAACUGCUAAGCCCAAUAGUGAUUUGAAGCAGAAACCCGAUGUUGAUAUAAAUGUGGGAUUGUCUGAACAUCCUCCAUGGUUUUGUAGCCUUUGUAAUACCAAGGCUACUAGUCAGCAAACCCUGCUUCUCCAUGCUGAAGGAAAGAAGCACAGAACAAAAGCAAGGGCAUUCCAUGCUAAGCAACAACCUAAGCAGACCGAAGGAUCCUCUCCAAAUGCCAAAGUUUCACCUACAGACGAUACAGAGGAUGAAACCCUUGCAAGUAAAGGUGUAGACGAACUAAAGGAGCAUCAUCUGUCUAAAGUUGUCUGUGCGCAUGACAGCACCGAGGAAGAAAAGAGGAGUUCUCCAUUGUGUAAGAAGAGAAAAUUAAAAGCAUCUGAAAAUGAUGGUGCUAGGCAAAAGACUGGAGGUGACGCAUCUGGUGAACUAGACAGCGGUGAAGUGAUUCAGGUUGAAAGAGUUGAACCAGAGAAAACCAAGUGCCAGGUGAAGAAAGCCAAACAUAGUGUGGCCAAAGAAGAUAAGGUCGUGGAUUCUAGCUCUCCCAACGAUGGCAAGAAAAAAAUUAAGUGGAAGAAGCUGAUCACUUGCAUCCUGAAAUCUGUAUGUUUCCUUGUGGCACCUCUAAAACUCUUGUUUAAUUGAUCUGGAAGUGAAAAUUUAGUGCAUAUUGAUAAUAUACAAAAUAUUUCUUAUGAAUUUAGUGUAUACAAUUUGCUUGAAAAGAUGGUCCACUUUCAUUUCUUUAAACAAAGAGCAGUUCAGUGGAUGAGAGAGUCACAUGUAUUCGGUAUGUUUUACCCUCAUGUGCAGAGGGAUUGUUUCCGUGACUUUGAUUUCAGUUGAUGGGGCUAUUAUAAACUGGCCUUCUCUUGUUCAAGAAUGUAGCAAUCAGGAACAUUUCAGUGCUUCUCACUGUUGUCUAUUCACCUAAUUUUAUUU